AUGAACCCAACCAAACCCCUCCCGUCGUCCGCCGAAGCCAUUCGAGUCAAGAUCAAGUCAAUGAUUCCUGAAAUAUCCGAGGAAACUGAGAAUCAAGCGGAACUUCUGAAAACGGAGGGGAAUGGGAAUAAGACGUAUGGGGGAGAAUCACUCGCGGAGCAGAUCUCUCUUAUAUCGAGCCAACUGCCAAUCCCAGAUCCAGAGAACUGGGGUUGGCGUUUACUUUACUUCGCAGUUCCUACAACGGUUGGAACUGCAGGAAAGAAAGGGUUUCUCAUUCCACUCUCCGAGAAUGUCAUGCGCGAAGGCACCGUAGGAGAAAGCUUUUAUGUUGAGACAACAAAUCCAGAGAUCCGGAUGCAUACGGCAGCUAUAUUUUUUGUACCUAAAUGA